AUGGCGUCUCGGUAUGACCGGGCGAUCACUGUCUUCUCUCCAGACGGACACCUAUUUCAAGUGGAAUAUGCCCAGGAAGCGGUAAAGAAAGGCUCCACCGCGGUUGGAAUUCGAGGUACUAAUAUAGUUGUGCUCGGGGUCGAAAAAAAAUCCGUUGCCAAGCUUCAAGAUGAAAGAACUGUGAGGAAGAUUUGUGCCCUUGAUGACCACGUCUGCAUGGCUUUUGCAGGGCUGACUGCUGAUGCGAGAGUCGUCAUAAACAGAGCGCGUGUGGAGUGCCAGAGUCAUAAGCUUACAGUUGAGGACCCAGUCACUGUCGAAUAUAUAACUCGCUUCAUAGCAACCUUAAAGCAGAAAUAUACUCAGAGCAAUGGACGAAGGCCUUUUGGUAUAUCUGCCUUGAUUGUAGGUUUUGAUGAUGAUGGUGUCCCAAGAUUAUAUCAGACUGAUCCCUCUGGUACUUACCACGCUUGGAAGGCAAAUGCAAUAGGUCGAAGUGCCAAAACUGUCCGAGAAUUUCUGGAAAAGAAUUACACAGAAGAUGCCAUAGCACAUGACAAUGAAGCUAUCAAAUUAGCAAUAAGAGCUUUGUUGGAAGUUGUCCAGUCUGGUGGAAAAAACAUUGAACUUGCUAUAAUAAGAAGAAACCAACCUUUGAAGAUGUUUAGUGCCAAAGAAAUUGAAUUACAAGUAAAUGAAAUAGAAAAGGAAAAAGAAGAAGCAGAGAAGAAAAAAUUAAAGAAGACCACCUAA